GGGACUUAAUCAGGCGGUGAGAAUGCGGGAACGGGGUCCUUGCAUUUGUGGAGUAGGUGUGUGGAGUCUGCUGCUAUCUCUUUGUCUGGCCUCCCUCACACAUGCACACAGAAGCCACACAGUGCAUGUGAAGGCGGGGACGUGUGAGGUGAUUGCUGCCCAUCGCUGCUGCAACAAGAACAAGAUCGAGGAGAGAUCUCAGACUGUCAAAUGUUCCUGCUUCCCUGGACAGGUCGCCGGCACUACUCGGGCCAUGCCGUCCUGCGUCGACGCCUCCAUUGUAGCUCAGAAGUGGUGGUGUCAGAUGCAGCCAUGCAUGGAAGGUGAGGAGUGCAAGGUGCUCCCAGAUCUGACAGGAUGGAGCUGCAGCACAGGCAACAAAGUCAAGACCACAAAGGUGACCCGAUAGUCCCGCCCAUGUCUAGAGGAGCGUUAGAGAACGGCGGUGGAAGUACUUACACAGCACAACAGACUUAUAAAAUCGUAAGGAAAUGGACUCUGAUGGACAUCAGUGAGGAACCAGUGAUUUUUCCUGUGGAUAUUCAAAAAACGAUGACUGCUCGCCAUCUUAAGCAGAGCUGAGUGUCCUCGGGCCUUCACUGCGAAAGACUCAGUCACCCACAAUUCUUUACUGCUUCUGAAAACAAAGUGAACUCCAACCUAAAUGGCACUUGAUUAGAUGAUGAAAAAAACAUCUUUACAACAAACUAUAUUCUUUAUCUCUCUUCUAUGGCUAAGUUGUGUUCCAUAUGCAUACUGGGAAUUGCAGAAACUUGACUCUAGACAGCUAUUCUGUAUUACAAAACUAGCUAAAAAGAGGGAGUGGAUCCAGAAUGCUUGCCUCAUGUAGUCUGGAUGACACAUUUAAAUUUAACUGUGCCACACAUGACACAUUUAAUGCUGUCAAAAUGUUUCUGAAACUGAACCUCUUCUUUAUUCAGAUUUCACCUCCAUACGAAUAUUUUACCUUAAAUAGUUUGUUGCUUACCACACAUGCCAUUUUUUAAAAUGCAGAGACAGUUUGUCAGUCUUCUCUUUGCUUUUGUUUUUUGACAGAGGACAAAAUCCUUUCAGGGGUGAGGUUAGACUAAUACCAAGUAGAUGUUACGGUAUAUUGAAAAAUGUAAACGUGUUUAAACAAAAGAAAAAAAAAAGCAGUCCAUGGAAUCAAAGGGGCUAAAAAUAAAUCGAUGCUCUAAUGGUUUUAAUAUCUGUGUUUUUAAACGCCUGUUAACCGCUAUUGAGUACAUGUGUCAGUAUUAUAUUAAAUGAAUAAAACCUUUCAAAA